CUCCUCUCAUAUAAGUGUAAAAUGUAAAAUACGGAUUACUUUUCUCCUUAUAACGUAGUGAAACACACCGGCAGCCUCUCGGUAAACGUACUGCGCAUGUGCAGUGUCGCAAACCGCUGAAGGUCUUCCGUUAGCCGUUUGCAAUGAGGGACAAGACCGCAGUUUUCGUGGUUCUUUCCAUCUGAAUGUGUCUUUUACAGACUGUCUGACGGUGUUGGAGGAUGGACCCUGUGGUGCUGAGCUACCGGGACAGCCUGCUGCGGCGGUCUGACGUGUCCUUACUGGAAGGACCUUACUGGCUCAACGACCAAGUCAUUGGUUUUGCCUUCGAGUACUUUGCUGCUGAGCGCUUCCGAGUCCUGGGGGAGACCAUCGUCUUCAUCAGCCCGGAGGUCACCCAGUUCAUCAAGUGCGCUUCCUGCCCCGAUGAGUUGGCCCUGUUCCUGGAGCCGCUGGGUCUUGCGUCUCGUCGCUGGGUCUUCCUCGCCGUUAACGACAACUCCAACCAGACGGCCGGGGGAUCCCACUGGAGCCUCUUGGUCUACCAUCACAGCUCCAACCACUUCGCCCACUAUGACUCUCAGAACGGCUCCAACUCGCUGCACGCGCGGCGCAUCGCCAGCAAGCUGGAGCCGUUCCUGGGCGCGGGGAGGAAAGCGCUGUUCGCGGAGGAGCCCUGCCCGUCGCAGAAGAACAGCUACGACUGCGGCAUGUACGUCAUCUGCAUCGCCGAGGCCUUGUGCGAGAAGGCCAGAGUGGAGGGCUCGCCACGCCUUCCCGUGCAAAUCAUCACGCCGGCCUACAUCACCCAGAAGAGGGCCGAAUGGUGCAGACUGAUCCAGAGUCUCGCUCAGAGCGACCUCUGCUGCUCUCUGUCUUUUCCUUAGCACGUCGGUCGGCCCUCGCUAUAUGCAGAACAGCGGUCGGCCUCAUAUCUACCGCUGGAGCAUCUGAAUGCACUCCUUGAAUACAGUAUACACCUAAUAUAUAUAUGAAGUAUAUUUCUAUUUCCGUCUCUCCACAGUAGAAACAAGUGUAAAAAGAUAAAGCAGUGCUACGAGUCUUUUAAUGACUCGUGUAACACUUGGUGUCGUGUUGAUCCUUUGUAUAUAUGCACCGCAAGAUACAACAUGUAAACGAGAACACCAGCAUGCCUAUAAAAGGAAUUUACUCCCAUGUACAUAUUUAGUAAGGAUGGAGAAUGUGUCACGAGGAAGAGGAGGCGCAGACUUUUUAUUUCUUUUCUCCACUGUUUAAGUUUGGAGCGAAUGUAGAAAUGUUUACACGGAUUAUUGCUCAGGGUCAUUUUAAAUUGACUAGAAUUGACAAUAAGAAUGUGCAUCUUAAUUCCGGCUCCCACUUCGUGUCACGUCUGUUCUGGUCACGUUCUCGGUGUCUCAGUUUUAACAACAAAAAAAGGUUUUGAAUCGUUUUAAUGCACUGUGUGUUUAUGGGACAGUGUCGAGUGGAGGAAUGUAUGUCCUAUAUCAAACUCAUUCUCUGUUGAUCUAAUAAAUUUAACUGUUGUCACAUUUUUUGUUGACAAAAUGGUAAAUUUU